GCGGGAGGAGGAGUAGGAGAAGGGGGCUGGUCAAGGGAAGUGCGACGUGUCUGCUGAGCCUUUUUAUACCUCCUUCCCGGGAGUCUGGCAGCAGCCGCCGCCACCGCCAUCCGUGCGCCCUUCCUUCAGUCUCCGGACUCGGGCUCCGCCGCAGCCAGCCACCAUGUCGGGGGUCAAGAAGCAGAAGACGGACCUUCAGCAGAAAUCCACCAAUGUGGUCUAUCAAGCCCACCACGUGAGCAGGAAUAAGAGAGGGCAGGUGGUUGGAACAAGGGGCGGAUUUCGAGGAUGUACCGUGUGGCUGACAGGUCUCUCUGGUGCUGGAAAAACAACAAUAAGUUUUGCUCUGGAAGAGUACCUCGUCUCCCAUGCCAUUCCUUGUUAUUCCUUGGAUGGAGACAAUGUCCGCCAUGGCCUUAACAAAAACCUUGGAUUCUCUCCCGGGGACCGAGAAGAAAAUAUCCGACGGAUUGCCGAGGUGGCCAGGCUGUUUGCUGAUGCUGGUCUGGUCUGUAUUACCAGCUUCAUUUCUCCAUUUGCCAAGGAUCGUGAGAAUGCCCGCAAAAUCCAUGAAUCAGCAGGACUCCCAUUCUUUGAAAUAUUUGUAGAUGCGCCUCUAAAUAUUUGUGAAAGCCGAGAUGUAAAAGGACUUUACAAACGGGCCAGAGCCGGGGAGAUUAAAGGAUUUACAGGUAUUGAUUCUGAUUAUGAGAAGCCUGAAACUCCCGAGUGUGUCCUUAAAACCAACUUGUCUUCAGUGAGUGACUGUGUCCAACAGGUGGUGGAGCUCCUCCAGGAGCAGAACAUUGUACCCCAUACUAUAAUCAAAGGCAUCCAUGAGCUCUUUGUGCCAGAAAACAAACUUGACCGUGUCCGAGCUGAGUCUGAGACUCUGCCAUCAUUGUCAAUCACCAAGCUGGACCUGCAGUGGGUCCAAGUUCUCAGUGAAGGCUGGGCCACUCCCCUGAAGGGCUUCAUGCGGGAGAAGGAGUACUUGCAAGUGAUCCACUUUGACACACUUCUAGAUGACGGAGUGAUCAACAUGAGCAUCCCCAUCGUGCUGCCCAUCUCUACAGAUGACAAGGCGCGCCUUGAGGGGUGCAGUGCAUUUGUCCUGACCUAUGGUGGCCAGAAGGUGGCUAUCUUACAAGACCCCGAAUUCUACGAGCAUCGGAAAGAGGAGCGUUGUUCCCGGGUGUGGGGCACAACAUCUGCAAAACACCCCCAUAUCAAGAUGGUGAUGGAAAGUGGGGAUUGGCUGGUUGGUGGAGACCUUCAGGUCUUUGAGAGAAUACGAUGGAAUGAUGGGCUGGACCAAUACCGCCUAACACCUCUGGAGCUUAAACAGAAAUGUAAAGAAAUGAAUUCUGAUGCAGUGUUUGCAUUCCAGCUGCGCAAUCCUGUCCACAAUGGCCAUGCUCUGUUGAUGCAGGACACACGCCGCCGGCUCCUGGAGAGGGGCUAUAAGCACCCAGUCCUUCUGCUACACCCUCUUGGGGGCUGGACCAAAGAUGACGAUGUACCUCUGGACUGGCGGAUGAAGCAGCACACGGCUGUGCUAGAGGAAGGGGUCUUAGAUCCCAAGUCAACCAUUGUCGCCAUCUUCCCAUCUCCCAUGUUAUACGCGGGUCCAACUGAGGUCCAGUGGCACUGUAGGUGUCGGAUGAUUGCAGGGGCCAAUUUCUACAUCGUUGGCAGGGAUCCUGCAGGAAUGCCUCACCCUGAGACCAAGAAAGACCUGUAUGAAGCCACCCAUGGAGGCAAGGUCUUGAGCAUGGCUCCUGGUCUCACCUCUGUGGAAAUCAUUCCAUUCCGAGUGGCUGCCUACAAUAAAACCAAAAAAGCUAUGGACUUCUAUGAUCCAGCAAGGCAUGAAGACUUUGACUUCAUCUCAGGAACCCGCAUGAGGAAGCUCGCCAGGGAAGGAGAAAAUCCUCCAGAUGGUUUCAUGGCCCCCAAGGCAUGGAAGGUCCUGACAGAUUACUACAAGUCUCUGGAAAAGAUCAACUAGGUGCCCUCUGGCUCUAGGAGUCUCUUCCUGAAGUGCUCCUUGACUAUUACCUUUCUAUUUUUGUGAAUCUUAGAUGCUUUCUAUCCAAUUGUGUCUCAAUGUCUGAUUUUAAAAUGAUAUUUUGUAAUGAGCUGAAAAUUUAAUUUGUCCCUACAAUUUAAAACCAACUUCAUUAUAUAUAUUAACGUCAAACUGAAGGCUAAAUGCUAGCAGGAAAAAGCAAUAUUACUAUGCAUUUCAGAAAGAAAUUAGCUGUCUCUGUACUGCAUUUAAGCAGGUAAAUCCCAGAUUUCUUCAAAUCUUAACCUCAUGUCUAGUUAUUUGCCAGAAAGUAGAUCAUAUUUGGCAGCUUAAUCUUGCCAACCUUCAAUCCUAAUAUCAUCUUCCAGUAGUAACACAUAUAAACAGCCCCCACCAACUAAAUGAGAUAUGGGUUAUGUCUAGAUUCUUGCUAAUCUUUUACUUCAUGAUUGUAUAUAGCCUUACUUCUCAACAUCCUAAGUGUUGAAGACCUGACUAGAGAAAUCAAUUAUAUGAUGUGAAUUUAAUCUAUGCAACCUACUUUUGCCACAAAAGUUAAUCUAACAGUAAGAGAAGUCUUAAUGGCCUUCUGCAAAUAGUAACUCUAUUUAAAUGGCAACUUUUAAUAGUAUAGGGUGCUUUGCUGAAAGGAUUUGGCCAUAUCAUGGAAAGUCAUUUUUCCUCCUUUGCUGUGGUCAUUGUGUCCUACAGAGGCUGGGGCUGACUGCAGCAGCAGGCACUCCAACCACAAGAGAGUCACACCACCCAAGUAGCCAGGCACAAAAACUGGAAAGGACCAAAGGACCACAGAUCAUAUGGAAUGCAAUUCUUUCUUCUCAGUGGUGAACAAACAGAAACAAUGUAACAAAUACAAAUUUAGGAUUUGCAAGUACUGGCAGCACUGAGGUGUCCAAGCUGCUCAACUCCCAGACCAAACAACACAAGAACUGGUUCUGAUUUCCCUCAACUGCUUAACAAAACUAGAUCAGGAGUGGGGGGAGUUAUUAAAAAAUUAAAAAGCAGAAUAUUUGCCAAGCACUGGUGGUUGACUCCUGCAAUCCCAGCAGAACUCA